AUGUCAAGCUCCGGUCUGAAGCACAUUUGGCGGCAAGUUGGGCCUAGCUGCGGUGAUGCCGUGACCUGGCUCUUGCUCAUUUCGGGUACCGCCAGCCUGACCGUGUAUGCCGACCGCAAAUUCGGCCCUUCAAAGCGGGCCGCGAUAAGAAUACAGAAGCUCACUGCGCGGAUGGAGUGGGAGCAGGACCAGGUCGAGCUUCAAAAGUGGUGGACAGCGUAUUACCAGGGUGGAUACAUGCCUGUCUCUGUUGCAGAGUUCUCUCGCGGGCUCGCCAGCGCUUUAGCAGAGUGGAAAGCUCAGACACCCGAGAGUCUGCGGCUUGCGCUUGAGCAAGCUGAACAGAGUGCGCCUCAGCAAGAAGAACCAGUCGCUGAGCCAGUACUGGACCGCGACCUGUGGCCUGGAGGCGCCGUAGAGGAACAUGGCAUCACUGCUGCAAAGUAUGUGGUGGGGUGA